UCCUCGACUCGACCGUUUCUUUCGACGCCUGCCGACCGCCGAUUGUCUUCGAUCUCUCUCCUUCCCAAACUCUCGUGGCGGGGGAACUUAGAAUCGCUUUUUUCCUCCCUACCAUUCCUUUCCCAUUUUGCUAGUUGUUUUGCUUCGCCCGACAUGAUUAUCGACGGGGAGAAGUACGCCUGCGAGGCCUGCGUUCGGGGUCACCGUGUUAGCAACUGCCAACACUCUGAUCGUCCCCUUCAACAUAUUAACAAGAAGGGACGCCCCGUCUCCCAAUGUCAACAUUGUCGCUCCAUGCGCAAGUCUCGCUCUGCUCACAUCAAGUGCGAUUGUGGCGAGAAGACGAGCAAAUGCGCUCACCUGCAACCUUUAGCCGACGGCCAUCGAGAGACUUGUUGCUGCAACCACGGUGGUCGCUGCACUUGUAGCCACAAGAAAGAACCAGCCCUCGACACCGUCCCCGAAUCCGACUCAGACAAGGAAGCUCUCCCUCCUCGACCGAAGCCGCCCGUCCGCAGGCGGCGUGCGAACACGGUCCAUUCUGAUGGCAUGUUGACCUUUGAUGAGCAUGGCCACCACAAACCAGCUCACAAGCUCAACAAGGCUUCUCAGAAGUGCGGGCCUUAUCAACUCAACCGUGUCAAUUCCUUGCACAGCACCAGCAGCUUGGGCAGUCACUCUCCGGAGCGCAUCAGCGACAUCCCUCUCAAGGAUCCCGUAUCAGGCCGUGUCGCACCUCUCCAACAGAGACUAGUCAAGUCUGAAGCUGCCUCUCCACUCAUGAGAGGUUCAUCGAGUUUCCAGCAACUUAACAACCAGCUUCCGCCCCUUGAUCUUUCUGGCAUUGAGUACCCAACAUACGUACCCAACGCCUCUUUUGACCUGUUUGGCGGAUCGGGAAUGUCGUCGGAUCAUGAUGCGCCUAUCUUUAGUGCUGGGCUGAGCGCUGCGUCCGUGGAUUGGAGCCACAUCGAUCUCACUGACAGGACGGAUAAGUUUGCUCCCUCAAGUUACAGCCAGGCUGGCGCUCAGAGCUUCAAUGGCAUAUUCGACUUUGGUACGGGCUCCGAGCCCGCUCCCACCCUCGCCGCGACUACUUCGACAUCUGGAGAGGUCUCUGAAGUAGAGGACAACUUCAUCGCUGGCGACAGUGACUACGACGGCUUCGGCACUGGAAGCAACAGCUUUAUCCACCCAGCAAGUUUCCUUGCUACCAGCGCAGACCUUAGCACGAUUGACUACGACAGCUUCGCCAAAUCGAACAACAAGUACAUGGCGGCUCCUUCUUCAUUUGAUGACGGCGGCCCGAUUGCUGGCGGUUCCCUCACUUUUGACGACGACCCAGCGUUCUGGGGUCAGCAGUUCAACGACGGCAUCGCCACAUACCAAGAAUCGCCAGACGGUCUGCCUGCGUUUCAGCCGGAACCCUGGACAAUGCCUUAGGCGUUUUGAUAUGAUGACAGUUUCGACGCUUGCACGCCAUGAUAUCCAGUCCAUCGACUUUAGACGGCAAGCACAGGCGCAAGGAAUGCGAGCAUAGGCGGGACGAGACUUUGUGGUGGACGACUGGAUAGAUGCCCGCUACGAUAUCCAUACCUGGAGUUGGCGUAGAUCUCUUGUUUUUUUUUCUUCAAUUUUGUUUAA